AGUUUUAGGCAUUAAUAAUCCGUUUAGAAUCAUUUCUAUAUAUUCGAUAACUCAAUCGAUAAAUCUGUAACCGAAAUGGAGCUGCCAACGCCUUCAAAUUGAACACAGUCGACAGCCCUGGAGCUAUCGGUCCUAUAAACCUAUGGGCAGUAGCAUUGUGGUGCAAUUGGCUCGAAAGUACGGCGCAGUGAUAUUCUUUCCCACUGUUGCAGUCGGCUCGAUUUACGCAGAUUGGUCGCACACCCGCGAGUGGAAACGCCAGCAGCAACAGUUGAAGCUCAGUGCUCACCUGAAGGAACAAAGCUAGACGAGAUCGGGAUCAUGGUUCUGGGUCUGGACAAACGAUACUUGUGGAGCGCCCUGCCGCUGUUGGGAUUCGCCAUUGGACACUUCCUGGACAAGAAGGAAACGGAACGGAUGACCAUGUUCCGUGACAAAAGUGCUCUGUACGGUCGACCAGGAGGCAGCGAUAAGGAACCGUCUUGGUAAUCCUUCCGGCUAUCAUCUCCUGCAGUCUUAGCGUAAUCCCAUGUUUUUUUUCGCUGUUAAACAAUAAACCGUAAAAUGGCCUGGUGAA